AUGGAUCCCCAGGAUAACCCCAAGAAUGUUGCUGCGUUGGUCAAAAAGGGCCUCAUGACACGCGAUGCUGUUUUGAAAACUCUCACUGGGAGAAUGGAAGAUUAUGUCGCUUUAAGUCAAGAUGAACGAUCACAGCUUCGCAAGACCUUCGAUUCUCUCUGCAUAAAUGAAAAUAGCACAAGGAAAAUCACCCAGUCUGCCUUUGUCUCAUUCCUUCAGACUACAGGAUUCCUCCCACUAAACAUGACAGAGGCAGGAGCUCUCGUUUAUCGUAGUCUUCUAUACCUUUCUCAGGCUCCAUUCUACGAAUCCACAGCGGAGUCCUUAAAAUUAGAUGGCCUUCUUAGGGCAGUGGCCUCGACCGAAUUUGAACGCUCCAGCAAAGCCUACGACGAGGACUCGGAUACUCGAUCCAGAACACCAGCUGACACCCGGCGUCUCCUCUUCCAAAGUCUAGCAACGACUCGUGAUGGCAAGGGCUUACCCUUUGACACGGACCAUGCAAGGAAAGAGGCCGAGCGCAGGGCGUUUGAUUUCUCUGGCGUGUUAAAAGCUGAAAGUGCUCGGGUUUUCGCCCAGACCAACUAUGGUGAUGAAAUGUUCCAUGGCCUCCUUGAUACGCUCGUAAACGCUCAACACACGUUGAUAGGAUGGGGCGGUGUCCCGCGAGAUGGUUUCCGGCAGUUUGCCAAGGAGCUUCGUGGAGGAAGAGGGGAGCUCCUUCACCAUCUCAGUAUCCCGCAGGAUGAGUUUCGGGCUGUUGUGAAACUUUUUCUGGUUGCGCAUGUUGGGCGACCAAUUGUCCAGAUUGAGCAAUCUGCAUAUCUAGACUGUAUCUCGCACUGUAUCGUUAGAAGCUUUUCUCGGGAUACAGAUCUCGGUAUCACCUGGGAGAUGUUUGAGCAGGCCAGAAAUGGAGUACUGCACAAGUAUUACAACAUUACUGAGAGUACAACGUCGAUCAACGCUGCUAUCCUCGCGGAACAAAUCGCAGCGACGCAAACCGCCGCAGUCCCAGACCCCGUUAUUCUCCUCAUCUCCGGAAAACUCACCCAGACGGGCGAAAGGGCUGUUUUCGGAUAUCAUCUUAUAUGGUUUAAAUCCGGUGAUCCGGAUCCUUGUCUCCUAUUUCAGCUCAGCCCCGUCCACGACGUCUUCAGGGGAGAUAAUGCCGGUCGACCAGGAUGGAAAAUCGAUAGUGAUGAGAAUCUUGUUUUCGGGGAGAGGAGUAACGGAGUGGCGUUGGUGUUGGGGAAGGAUUGUAAGCGGGCGAUGGUAUCUCACCAUGUUUCUGGGAAGGGUAUGUACGAUGCCACUACUUGGAGGGGAGACUGGCAGGCGGAUAUGCAGGUCGAGGAGAUUGAGAUGUGGAUUGAGCUGUGAUGUUCUAUUAUUGGAGUGAAUGAACCAGAGAAACGAAAGAGAGGGUUCCUGCCAGACCAUGUAUGUCCAACUAUACCAGUGUACUAGUUCCUACUCUUAGAUUAUACUCUAGGAUUGAAAGGGUCUCAUCCAACUAGCCCCAUUGUAUGUCACAUAUUCUUGGCAAGGUCAAACCUUCGCACGAAUCUUCCUCAUUGCAUUCUUUUUACUCUUGGUCUUUCUCUUUUCGAACAAAUCCUUACAAUCUUGAUUGCUCCCCUGAUUGUC